GCUGCAACAAAACAUGAUCGUUCACCUCUGUACUGAUUCAGUUUCAUUAUAAACCUGCUGUUUCUGUCUGUAACUCACUGCAGAUCUUUUUUAUUCAUUUAUUAUUUUAAUCCGCAGAUUCUCAUCAGAUUCUAACCUGUAGAAUCCAGUGUUUCGAACAUGACCAGUAUUCAAAUGAGCGCAAAAGAUGAGAUGGUUGAGCGGUUCCUAGAUCAUGCCUCCAGGGGUGAUUUGGUUGGAGUUUCUACCAUGAUUUCUCACUCCAGUCAGCUGCUCAAUGAAAGUGGGAAAGAAGGAUGGACAGCGUUAAUGCUGGCUGCCAGAAAUGGACACUUCGAUGUUGUUAAAGCUUUACUUUCAAACGGCAGGUGUAAUAAAGACUCUGUGAACAAGUCGGGCCAAACUGCCCAUGACAUAGCAAAGUUCUGGGGCCACAGACACAUUGCCAGUUUGUUGUCUGAUGGUGGGAACAGCCGACUUGAUGAGAUUCUACCAGACACACGAUCAGUGGAGCAUGAAAAUUACUUCAGUAGAGAAUAUCUUGACAGAAUGAGUGAUAAAAGGACAGAUACAGAGUGGCUUUUAGCUAAACAGUCCUCUCCUGAGACAGUCUUUCUUCUAUUUCAUAACUUGGACCCUCUUGUUACAUCAGGGCCGGAGGAAACAAACACUACUCAGCCGAAGAUAAAACUGUGCAGGCUGAGAAGGGAUGCUGUCGAAAAUCUGCUGGAAAAGAGUGACAUGCUGGUUAUUUUUCUUGGAGUAGAAAAGAGCGACGGUUCACCCACUUCACUGGUGUCAAAAGACGAGGAUAAACUUGUUGCAUGGUUUGCUCUGAAGGCCAAGGAAGAUCCCACAGACAGUCUUCAGCUUACAAAAUCCAACAGUUUCUUCCUUAAGAGGCCGAUGCCAAGUCUCUUCAUGCUGAAUGAGGAUGAAGCAGGUGUAAUUGCACAAGCCAGGUCUGUUCUUGCAUGGCACAGUCGAUACAGUUUCUGCCCAACAUGUGGAAGCAAGACGAAAGUUGAUGAAGGUGGAUACAAGAGAACCUGCCUGACUGAGGACUGCAAGAGUCUACAGGGCGUCCAUAAUACAUGCUAUCCUAGAGUUGAUCCAGUUGUGAUCAUGCUGGUGCUUCACCCAGAUGGAAAUCAGUGCUUGCUAGGAAGAAAGAAGACAUUUCCUCCAGGAGUGUUUUCAUGCCUUGCUGGUUUCAUUGAACCAGGUGAAACCAUUGAGAAUGCAGUGAGGCGAGAGGUUCUAGAAGAGAGUGGCAUUACUGUCGGCCCUGUCCAAUAUAUUUCGUGCCAGCCUUGGCCAAUGCCGUCCUCACUCAUGAUUGGUUGCUUUGCAGUAGCAAUCAGUACAGACAUUAAGGUCGAUCAAAAUGAGAUUGAAGAAGCUCGCUGGUUCACAAGGCAAGAGGUAAUAGACGCUCUUGUGAAGCAUCACCAUCCAGUUUUCACGAUGCCCCCAAGACAAGCCAUCGCCCAUUAUUUAGUGAAACACUGGAUCGGUAUUAACUCAAACCUUUGAAUAAAGUUCAACUCCUCUUGUUUAACAGAUGGAAAUGGACACCACACUACCAAAUAUGUUUUCUAAAAAUAACAGACCAUUAUAAGUAAAAAUAUAUGAAACAAAAUUAUAAAAAAAUAUUUUUUGUCAUUUUACACUAAAAAGCCAAUCAAGUCAACUGGCUAGAGGCUUAAUUUUCAAGGCACUAUAUACAGAGGUACCUUGAAACUCAACAUCAGUUGGUUUUGGGAGUGGCGUUGAGUUUAAAAGGCAUUGAGUGUUAAGGUAUUUUUUCCCAUAAGGAAGUAUGAGAAACCUGUUAAUGCGUUUUAUGGUGCUGUGGAACUGCAUAUAUUUUAGGCUAAUGUAAAAUAAUGGGGUUGUUUUUGACACUCAUACACGGAAAAUAACACAAAUAUUAUAUAGAAAACACUGAAAUACAAUUAAAAACAAUGAGUGAAUUUACAUAUACAGAAAUAUGUUUUAAUGUUUCAGUGAACAAAAAGCACCAAACUGGUUAAUUUGCAUGUGUCGCAUUGUGUAUUUUAAUCCACCAUGUUCUGUUUGUCUUCAAACAAGUGGAUUGUGUGGAUGAUUGCAUCAUCCUUCCUCUCCACCAACGCCCUGCUCUGAUUGAGGAGAACGAAGCUAACCCACGCCCCCUCCGACACGUGGGCAGCAGCUGUAUGCAUUUUAUCACCUGCACUUUGACGAGUGCAGUGCAGCUCAGCGUUGUGUAUGGAGAGGACACACCCUGAGAGCACUCUUUUCUCAUCUCUGUGCAGGCGCCGUCAAUCAGUCAUGGGAGAGAGACCCCAUCUGGCUUAGUCCCGCCCAUAUCUGAACAACAGGCCAAGCGUUGUUCAUGUGGCUGCUCAGCCCAGCCGGCAGGCAGAACUGAGAUUCGAUACGAUGUAUUCGAGAUCCCAGCUCUGGUUCCAGCGUGUGUUUUUACUGCUGCGCCACCUGAGUGGCCUUAUUUUUAGCUUUUUUUAUUUUUAUUUUUUACCCCUUUUUCUCCCCUUUUAGCGCAUCCAAUUGUUCAAUUAGCAUCGUGCUUCCUCUCUGUCUAUGCCCAACCCUGCCCUGACGGAGGUGAUUGAAGCUAACCAAUAUCCCCUCCGAAACACGAGCAGCAGCCAGAUGCAUCUUUGCCACCCACACAUUGACGAGUUUGGCGCCACCUAGCGUUGCAUGCGGAGAGACACACCCUAAGGGCACCCUCUCCCAUCUCUGCGUAAGCGCCUCCAAUCAGCCGGCAGAGAACGCAAUCGCAUUCUGACAGAGACAGACCCAUAUCCGGUUCUUUGUCCCACCCCCCACAUAAGCAACCGGCCAAUCGCAAAGCAAGGCUGGAUUCGAUACCACGCUCUCAGAAUCCAGCCCUGGUUGCAGCGCGUUUCUUUUUACCGCUGCGCCACCUGAGCGGCUUAUUUUUAGCUUUUUAAUAGUACAGUACAUUUAUGCCCCUUUCGGCUGUAUGUUUUGCCAAAACACUUGACACUGCAUCCUGAACUCGUUACUACAUUCUAAAAAGUAUAGUAACAACGGUAUUGUUUUGGUGAGGUGUGUGUUUGUGUUGGAGACAUCCUGGGGCCAGAUGUUUUUUGUGACAUAUCAACACAUGUAAAAUGUAAUUAGAGCGUACACCGAUCAGCCAUAACAUUAAAACCCCCUCUAUGUCUCUACACUCACUGUCUGUUUUAUCAGCUCCACUUACCAUAUAGAAGCACUUUGUAGUUCUACAAUUACUGACUGACUACUGAUUUGUGGUGCUUUUUUGCCAUACUUCGCAGUUGGGGCAUUUUGUAAGUUGCAAUUAAAACAAGAAUCAAUAA